UAGCAGACGAGCUCGUGAAAUGGAGAUAUGACAGAGUAAUAACGUCUUAUUACAUGUGCACGAUUAAGUUAUUACAAACGUAAAGUGAUGGAGGACGGAAACAGGACUGACGCUGCCUCCACAUCUAAGAGCCACGCAGGUUCACUCCACUUGCAAACUCCAAAAAAUGAGGAUGCCUAUGAAAUUGCUAUACCCUAUGAAGAAAGCAGCUUCGAGCAGCAAGGAUUUUUCAGCCAGAGUGAUCAGAAUUUUGAUGAGUCGCCCCCAUCCACUGGUCCAUCUCCAGUCAACAACUCGUAUAUGGUGAUCACCAACCUGCGAACUCAACUACAGAUCUCUCUGGAGAAAAACUCUUGGCUGCAGAAAAGAAUUGAGGAUCUGGAAGAGGAGAGGGACUUCCUCCGCUGCCAACUAGACCGCUUCAUCUCUUCCACAAAGAGCCAGGCACAGGAUCAGAGUCAGAGCCAGUACAGUAACGGUUAUGAAUCUAGGCGAUUCAACUGGAGAGCAAGAAGAGAGGAGGAUCGUCCAACUGAGCAACAGAAGACAGACUCGCAGCAUUUUCCUUCACGUCAGUUUAUCCAGAGAAGGCCCUGUCCUCCAACCAUGGUCCCUUCCAAAAACCAUGUCUCCAGUCCAUUAACCAAUCCGCUUGCCUCUAUGAAUGCUUUGUUCAGCUCUACACAAUCCCAGGCCCUCCUGCAAGGCCAUAGUCAUAGCACUCCCAGUUCCACAGCCAGUAGCAGCAACAACAACAGCACUGCAAGGUCAUCCAUAAAUGAAAUGAGUGGACAUAGCAACGUAGGUCCAGAGUCCCUCUCACUCCUGGGAGAAUCUGAUGAAUACUUAGAGCAGGACGGCUACUUGGAGGAGGAAGAAAUGAUAUCAGGGGAAGAUGUAAUGCCAGAUACUAUUAACAGCAACAGACACCAGUUAAAGCGAAGGCGAGUCUUCCGGGCUCCAAGAGAGCGACAGAGAGUGAAAGAUGCUGCUGGAGUCCUAUUUCGCUAUAAGAAGAUCCUACUUACAUACCAGCGUCUGAAAAAUAUGUCCAAAGCCUUCCAAAUCCAUGGUGUGGACCGCAACACAGUGGCUUCCACCACACCUAUUGCAGAGCUGCUACUAGUGGCCCCAGAGAAGGUCGCAGAGGUGGGAGAGUUUGACCCAUCUAAAGAGAAGCUGCUGGACUAUGCCCGGCGCUGCUACACUGCUCUGGAUGAGGAGACCCUUAGUAGGGUACAGGCCCUGAAGAAAAACAACCUGCUGUUGCCCAUCUCCUACAGGUUCAGACACUGAGGGGAUUAAAACUGAGGCCAGCUCACUUCUGAGGAAUAGAGAUGUCCACAGGCAUAAGGAAUUAUUUUGCUCUCUACGCUUCCUGGAUAUGGCUAUUUAAACCACAGCUGAGGUUUUUGCUUUCCAGAAAAAUAAAGUUUUCACAUCUCACUUUUAUUAUGAAUUCAGUAGAGAUGCAUCUGUUUCUUUGACUAAUCUUCACCACCAUUCCAGUAAUGCUGAGGACGUGGAAGUGCCUGCUGCAGCCAGAAGGGGGAAAAACAUGGUUCUUGUUUCUCAAAGAGCAAAAUAGCCUGUCUGUGUGAUCCAGAAGGGGACUGCCUUUCCUCAGUCAAUUGAGUGUAACCAGAUAGGUUCAUUCAGGUUUCAGCCUCAAGAUUUGCAGAGAGAGACAGAUCUUUUCUUUCCUGAACACCUGGGUCUGCUUAAGUCCAAGAGUUCAAUAAUUGAUGGUCUUGAUCAUUUCAGUUUAUGGCACCCUAAAUGAUUUAUAAACAUAGCAAUCAUGAUCACUUUAUUCAUGUGCAAUUUUGACACAAUCCUAAAAUAUGGUAGCUUUCAAUCAUGACUGUAUAUGUUAAAACAAUGCUGCACUCCAGAGGUUUUGUUGAAUAUGUCAUACUUUUAAGAAAUCAUCACCAUAUCCUUACAUUUGUGUUGUUGUUUAUGGCAUUGUCAUUAUAUUGUCCUAACAUUUUGUGAAUUAGAAUCUGGGAGUCAUUGUGCUCUCUUUUCGUUUUCCAUUUCUCUGGGUUUAAUGGGUGGGAGAACUCAAAAGGGGUAAGAAGUGGAUGUGAUCAAGAACUGACUAUAGUAAAAGUAGUAAAAGAAGUAUCACACAUCUGGCAACAAGAUGUGUUUGAGAUGUAUGUGUUUUCCUCCAAAUAAUGUCACCAGUUGUUCUUGGGUCCAGUUUAGAUACAAUAUUACUGCUAUUUCUCUGUUGUUCCACUAAGGGUUGCACCAACCCUUUUUUGUGAAUUAUGUACACAAAAUGCCACUUCUUAUGCUUCUGAUUUUGAGGCUCUUGUAAUGCUUUUGUGUCAGUAAUACCUUUUGUAAAAUAUGGUACAGAACACUUACACUAAUUAUUACUGUUCUGGCUAUUUGUAACAUUGUGUAACCUUUGGUGUCCUUGUGAAAAAUCGUGGACAUGAAUCACACAAACUAUUUUAGAGUGUGAGCUAUAGCAUAAGCUAUAAGCAGCUAAUACUAUAUAUUAUUGUUUCCCAAUGUUUCACUACAAACAUGCAUGUGAAAGGAUCACAAAAAACAGCAGACAUGAUUAUGUAUUGUAAUCUGUGAUAUUUAUACUGAUAUAGUGAAAUGAUACGAUCUCUUAUAUUGCCAGAGCUUAGGUUACAGUGGAACAGUGACUCUUGGCUUCAAUUUUAAUAUCUUAAUAAAUGUAUUUUCCUAAAAGUAAA